AUGGCUCCACCGGAAGACCUCUCAGUCAAAGCACCCAUCUACUUCCUCUCCCGCAACCCAAUUUACGAAACCACAAAACCCUACACGCUCCGCUACCGGCCCUCGGAAGCCUCUCAGAUCCCUCAAACAAACGUUGAACGAGAACUGCAUGAACUCGUUUUCCACGACUUACGUCUCGCCCAUGGACUGGAGUACGAAACAUGUGGGUUCCAAGUCGUAAGUCUAGAGAGUGAAAUGAAGUAUGAGGAAUACGAUGACGAGGAAAAAGUUGAGCGUUUUCAUGGGAAGGAGGUGGGUGAGGCUGUUAGGGUUGCGCUUGGGGCGAGAGGGGUUGAUGUUGUUGAUUAUGUGAUUCGAAGGAGAGAUCCGAGUUGGCCGAUUGCUACUGGGGAGACAUAUCGGUCGCAGCAGCCUGCGAGUGCUGCUCAUAUAGAUCAUACAUAUGAAGAAGGUUGUCGAAUCGUGAGGGAUAUUUAUGGAGAAAAAGCAGAUGUUGUUCUUCAAGGGCGUUGGCAAUGUGUGAACGUCUGGCAUCCUCUCCAAGGACCUCUAGUCGACUGGCCUCUCGCAGUCUGCGAUGCAUCGACAGUCGACUUCGACAACGACACCAUGGCGGGAGACGUCGUAGAUCGAGAAGCAGUAUUCGAGAAUACGCAAGUUCACUUCAAUUUCGAUCAGAAGUGGUACUACCUUCCAUAUCAAUUACCUUCUGAGCUUCUGAUUUUCAAGAACGCGGAUAGCGAGGAGAAGGAUGGGUCUACCCAAGGGAGCCCUCAUGCUUCGUUUGAUAAUCCGAGAACGACAGAUGCAGAUUUGAGGAGGGAGAGUGUUGAAUUUAGAAUAUUGGUGAGAUGGUAG